GUCACGUUGGGAGGAAAAGGGGGGAGAGAGAGAGAUAUCUACUUACAGCUGCUGUCAGACAUCCGAUCGCAUUCGCAUGGCGAGGAGGUAACCUGAUCGAGCUGGGAGGAGUGACUUUACCAGGGAAGGUUUGAACAAAAAAAAAUGUCUUCUUCUUCUGCCGGAGGAGUCACAACAGCAAAUGACAUCAAGAGGGAAAAUGUGAAGGAGGUGGAUACGAGGGAGUGCAUCAAGCUUGUGGCUCUGGACGGGUUGUCCAUGGAGCGCAACGUGGACGCGGAGCUGCUGGUGAGCGCCUCCUCCUCUCUGGCUUUCUCCCCGGAGCAAGUGGCGUGUGUCUGCGAAGCUCUGCAGCAGGGAGGCAAUGUGGACCGGCUGGCCAGGUUCUUGUGGUCCCUGCCUCAGAGUGACCUGCUACGGGGCAAUGAAAGCAUCCUGAAAGCACAAGCCCUUGUUGCGUACCACCAGGCUCGGUAUCAGGAGCUGUAUAGUAUUUUGGAGAACCAUAGUUUCAGUGCGUCCAACCACACCUUUCUGCAAGAUCUGUGGUACAAGGCCCGGUACACCGAGGCGGAGAAGGCGAGGGGGAGACCCCUGGGAGCCGUGGACAAGUACAGGAUCCGGAGAAAGUACCCUCUCCCCAGGACUAUCUGGGACGGAGAGGAGACCGUGUAUUGUUUCAAGGAGAGGUCCAGGAACGCGUUGAAGGAUCUUUAUACCCAGAAUAGGUACCCAUCUCCGGCCGAGAAGAGAAAUCUCGCCAAGAUUACAGGACUCUCCUUGACCCAGGUCAGCAACUGGUUCAAAAACAGGAGACAGAGAGACAGAAACCCGUCCGAGGCUCAAUCCAAAAGUGAAUCUGAUGGAAACCACAGCACAGAGGAUGAGUCUAGCAAAGGCCAGGAGGAGUUGUCUCCCCGGCCCCUCUCUAACUCCUCAGAUGGAGUCAUCACCCAUGGGUCCCUGCCCCUUCAAACAGGGCCUCUGGACAGUGGGGUGGUCAUCCAACAGAUCGGGGACAUCAAGCUUCCCCCUGGAUCCAGCAGUGGCGGUCUCUACAACGGAAGUCUAGUGACAAGUAACACCCCCUCCAACGUGUUUCACAAUGGUGGCUCGUCUUACCUCCACACAUCUGGAAACAUCCUCUUCAACGGGCUCAAUUUGGGCAUCCAGCCCUUGGCCUUCAACCCUCUGAGGCCGUCUGGAGGGGUGCUGCUGGGGGGCUCUGGUAUGGACAUGCAGAUGCAGACCGGACAGGAGAAGGGACUGGGCAGUUCUGCUGAGGACUCAGCCCUGCAGUACGGCUCCUACCCAGGCUGUGUGAACGGAUCAGACGUGAAGCUGGAGGGGGUUCACACCAUGGCGGCCCAGAACGGAGGCUCCUCUGUGCUCACGUUCAGCUCCUCGUCAGGUGCGCUGCAGCUGGGUGGCUACAGUCUGGUCCAGGUACCAAGUGGAGUCUCUGACAGCGAUGGCAACUCAUUACUCAACAGCGACAUUGGUCUUCCCCCACUGCAGCUCUCUUCUGCCCCAUCUUCCUCAACAAUCACACACGGUACCAUGCCUAUGAACAAUGUAGCAGUGAGUUCCUCUGGCGACUCGUUCCAGCAGCAGGACAAGCUGACAAUGACGUCUCUGCACCACAGCACAGUCCUCUACAGCAUGAGCAACGUCGGCCAUGCAGCCAUCAAGAAGGAGCCUCUGGAGGGAGGCGUCUACUCCUCGUACCACCACGGGCUCCACCUGGACCCCAGCGGUCAGCUCAGCUACAACACCCCCAACUCAGAAGAGGUUCCUUCCAGCCGAGGCCCCACCUCGAACACCGACGUCUCUGCCGUCAGCUCGUCCAGCCCUGAGCCGGAGGUCUACACCACCCUAACCGUCAGCACGCCCCUGAUGGCCCACACGGACCCCAGCGGUCACCACCUCCAGCCCACAGAGUAUCUCGGGGGCCACGAGGUGCGGGGGCCCUCCUCACACCUGAUGGGCCCCGGCAUGAACAGCAACUACAUGAACCUUUCAGAAAACAAGGUUUCUGGCUCAGGCGGCGUGAGUGAGAUGGUGCGGGCCAUGUGUGGGGAGAUGGAGGCUGUGGAGAGGAAGGACCUAGCCAAACUACAGACAGUGCAGAUGGAGGAGAACAUGGCUGACCUUUAACCUCCAACCUCUCCCCUCUUGUCGAAGCCCUCAUGUCUGCCCAAGCAGGGAUAUAGUGAAAUCUUUGAACAUUAGUGUGAGCGUGUGUGUGUGUGUGUGUGUGUGUGUGUGUGUGUUUUUUUUACCAUUCAAUUCCUUUAAAUGUUAAAUUAUUUUUGUUCAUUUGACUUUACAAUGCACUCUAAUCAGAGGGGAACCCUGUAGGUGCACAUUAUCUGUCCAUCAUAAAAUAAAAAAGUCUACGACGUGUUUAA